AUGUCGGACGACGAUUCGAAGAAGGGCCUGCAGUACCAGCAGCAGGAACGGCAGUUUCGCUCACUGAUAAGGGCUUGGCGGCAGGCGGCCAACAAACUUAGAGCUGCCCUCAUUGAUGAAGAACUUAUCUUAGUAAUUAAACAACAGAGAGAUGAAGUACAGGCAGCUAUAGAUAAUGCAUCGAUGCUGCAGGAGUCUCUUAGUAAGACUAAAGAGGCAUUAAAUCUGGAUGAUGACAGCAUUGACAGAAUCGAAGAGAUUGAGGAGCAACAUACCGAACUGAUGAAGGAAACUCACAUUCGAAUGAAGGCUCUACAAGUAGGCUCCUCAAAUUCAACGUCAUCUAGACAUUCCUCCAAACGUUCAUCACAAAAGGAGGUUGAAUGCAAACGGUGGGUUAAUGCUGACAACCAAGAUGAUUCUCCCACAGAGAAAAUGACUCCAAGUGCUCAAGUUCUUGGAACAAGUGAUCAAUUAGCAGCAACCAUACUGGACCAGAUGAGUCUCAAUCACCUGCCCCCUCCAGAACCGCCUGUGUUUGAAGGGAGUUCUCUGCAAUAUCCCACAUGGAAAAGAAGCUAUGACCUGCUGAUAGAAAGAAAGAACAUAAGGACAGAGGAUAAGUUCUAUUAUCUUCUGAAAUACUUGAAGGGACAACCCUUACAACUAGUUCAAGGUUAUUCAUUGUUAGGUGAUGCCUUCUCCUAUGCUGCAGCUAAACAGGCCUUGGAAAGUAGGUAUGGCGAUCCCUUUGUUCUGUCCAAUGCCUACAGAGACAAGUUAGAAUCCUGGCCGAGAAUCAACAAAAGGGAUAGCCAAGGCCUACGAAUGCUGUCUGAUCUCUUGAAACAGUGCUGUACAGCAAUGCAAACCAUAGGAAAUCUGGCGCAAUUGGACGAUGAGAGGGAAAAUAGAAAGAUCCUGGCCAAACUUCCAGACCAUCUCAUCAUAAGCUGGGGUAAAAGAGUUGCCAAAUGGAGAGAAACUCAUAGAAACACCUUCCCUUCUUUUCAAGCAUUUAGCAACUUCAUCGAGGAAGAAGCUAACAUCGCAUGUGAUCCUGUUACCUCACUGAAUAGUGUAAAGGAGCUGAAGGUAGAGAAGAAGCGGACCGUGUUGGGUGCGAUAUCCAUGUACACCUCAACAGAUCAACGCCCACAGCCUCCAAGAAAAGGAAGGAAGCAGGAGCAAGUCUGUUUGCUUUGUAAGGAACAUCAUCAGCUAGGAAUUUGUCAGAAGUUCCUUUCAAUGACCUUGAAAGAACGAAAGAACUAUGUUCGAGAGAAUGGACUGUGUUAUGGCUGUCUCAAACGAGGGCACACUUCAAGGGAAUGUAACAGGAAGCACACAUGUAGUGUCUGCAAAAAACGACAUCCCACAUCUCUUCAUGAAUAUUGGAACAGAAGUAACCAAGAGAGCCACAGUGUGCAGAUGGGGGCCCAGCCUGCCAAUGACAGCUCUUGGCCAAUAGAGCAACUCAGAACAUCAAGUUCUCAUACCACAGUAAAUCACAUGACUAAGAACAGGCAGGCUGUAAGGUGUUCUUCGGUCGUUCCAGUCUGGAUAUCUCAGAAGGACAGCAUUGAUGAGAGACUGAUCUAUGCGUUGUUAGACACACAGUCUGACACAACAUUCUUGCUGGAGUCUACCAAAUAA